AUGGGAAGGCGAACGGCGGCGACCGCGAGUGCCUCGGCGAUACGGGCGGCGUGGACGGCCGCCCACCUCGAGGGACGCGCGCGCGGGGCGAUUCGAUCGCGCGGAUCGACCCGCGAGUUCGCGUCGUCGUCGUCGUCGCGGCGCGCGGCGAUCGACGAUUCGCCGGGAACGUCAUCGGACGACGCCCCGCCCGACGUGCGCUCCUCGUUCCAGUACUGCGUGCAGCGCGUGCGUCAGCACGACUACGAGGCGUACCUCUGCACGCUCGCGCUGCCCAAGGAGCACCGGCUCACCGCGAUGGCGUUGAGGGCGUUCAACGUCGAGACCGCGCAGGCGCUGGGAGCCACGAAAGAGCCCCACCUCGCGCUCAUGCGACUGCGAUGGUGGAAAGACGCCGUCGCCGCCGCCGCGGGCGACCGCGGCGCGACCCCGCCCCCGCAUCCCGUCGCUAUCGCGCUUCACAGCGCGCUGCGUACGUCCAUGCGCGACACCGGCGGCGUCGGCGCCAGGCACAGGCGGUGGCUCAACGCCAUCGUCGACGCCAGAAUAAGAGACGCCGAGCUGGAUACCAUGCCGCCGGGGAUACCCUUCCUGGAGGCUUACGCGGACCAGACCCACGCGUCGCUCCUCUACCUGAUACUGGACGCGUGCGGGGUGCGCAACGCCGACGCGGACCACGCGGCGGCGCACCUCGGCAAGGCGAUCGGCAUCGCCAACCUCUUACGGGGCACUCCGAUGCAUUCCAAACAGCGACGGUGUUACCUCCCCGCGGACGUCUGCGCUAAACACGGCGCCGCCACCGAGGACGUGUACCGCGGCAGGCCCACGGAGAGUGUUCGCGACGCGGUGCACGAGGUGGCGUCCAUCGCGAAGGCGCACCUGGACGGCGCCAGGGCGAUGGCGCCCAGGUUGGCGAGGGCGGGGGUGGACGGGGGGGCGAUCGCGAGGAAAGUGCUCCUGCCCGCGGUUGGGACGGGGCGGUACCUGGAAGCGUUGGAGGCGAAGGACUUCGACGUGUUCCACCCGGAGCUCGUCCGGGGGGCGAACCCGAUCGUAACGCAGGGGCGGAUCGCGUGGGCGGCGUUCCGGGGGACGUACUGA